GCGGUCGCACCUGCGCGAGAUGGGGGAAGGAGGAGGAGCGAGGUGACGCAGGCGUAAUAAUAGAGAAGGUGCCAGAAAGAUACAAAACAAGUGGCCGCGGCCGUCGCCCAGGAGUCGUGAGGCGCCGGAAUUCGGCCCUGGUUCUGAGCUUAUUCCGCCCCCCUCCCCCGGGUAUGGCGCUGUCCGGGUCGACCCCGGCCCCGAGCUGGGAGGAGGAUGAGUGCCUGGACUACUACGGGAUGCUGUCGCUUCACCGUAUGUUCGAGGUGGUGGGCGGGCAACUGACCGAGUGCGAGUUGGAGCUGCUAACCUUCCUGCUGGACGAGGUUCCCGGCGCCGCCGGCGGCCUGGCCCGCGCCCGCAGCGGCCUGGAGCUGCUGCUGGAGCUGGAGCGCCGCGGGCAGUGCGACGAGAGCAACUUGCGGCUGCUGGGGCAACUCCUGCGCGUGCUGUCCCGUCACGACUUGCUGCCACACCUGGCGCGCAAGAGGCGCUGGCCAGUGUCUCCAGAACGCUCCAGCUAUGGCACAUCCAGCUCUUCUUCAAAGAGGACGGAGGGCGGCUGCCGUCGCAGUCAGCAGUCAAGGAGUUCUUCAAAUGUUGAGCAGGGUCAGUGGGAGACAGGUUCUCCCCCAACUAAACGGCAGCGGCGGAGUCGGGGCCGUCCCAGUGGUGGCGCCAGACGGCGGCAGAGAGGAGGUCCAGCCACCCCCCAGCAGCAGCAGGAGCCAGCCGGACCUACCUCAGAAGGCAAAGUGACCUGUGAAAUAAGAAUGUCUAAGCCCCUGGAGGCCGAGAAGCAAGGUCUGGACUCCCCGUCAGAGCACACAGACACGGAAAGAAAUGGACCAGACACUAACCAUCAGAACCCCCAGAAUAAGACCUCCCCGUUCUCUGUGUCCCCGACUGGCCCCAGCACCAAGAUCAAGGCUGAAGACCCCAGCAGUGACUCAGCCCCAGCGGCACCCCUGCCCCCCCAGCCGGUUCAGCCGCAUCUGCCCCAGGCCCAACUCAUGUUGACGGGCAGCCAGCUAGCCGGGCUCACGGCGCUGAUGCCAGCCCAGCAGCAGCUCCUCCUGCAGCAAGCGCAGGCCCAGCUCCUGGCCGCCGCGGCCGCCGCCGCCUCCUCCUCCUCCUCCUCCUCUUCCUCCUCCUCCUCGACCUCGCAGCCCCCAGCCUCCUCCGGGGGAGGCGACCUGCCGCCACCACAGCCUGCCAGCCAGCCCCCCGGGACCCCACAGCUCACCCUGUCCCAACCCAUCCAGCUCACAGCACAGGACAUCCAGCAGCUCCUCCAGCUGCAGCAGCUGGUGCUUGUGCCGGGUCACCACCUCCAGCCACCUGCUCAGUUCCUGCUGCCGCAGGCCCAGCAGAGUCAGCCAGGCCUGCUACCGACGCCAAAUCUAUUCCAGCUACCUCAGCAAACCCAGGGAGCUCUUCUGACCUCCCAGCCCCGGACAGGGCUGCCCACACAGGCCGUGACCCGCCCCACGCUGCCCGACCCGCACCUCUCGCACCCGCAGCCCCCCAAAUGCUUGGAGCCACCAUCCCAUCCCGAGGAGCCCAGUGACCUGGAGGAGCUGGAGCAGUUCGCUCGCACCUUCAAGCAACGCCGCAUCAAGCUGGGCUUCACGCAGGGUGACGUGGGUCUGGCCAUGGGCAAGCUCUACGGCAACGACUUCAGCCAGACGACCAUCUCCCGCUUCGAGGCCCUCAACCUGAGCUUCAAGAACAUGUGCAAACUCAAGCCUCUCCUGGAGAAGUGGCUCAACGACGCAGAGACUAUGUCUGUGGACUCAAGCCUGCCCAGUCCCAACCAGCUGAGCAGUCCCAGCCUGGGUUUCGACGGGCUCCCCGGCCGGAGACGCAAGAAGAGGACCAGCAUCGAGACAAACGUCCGCUUCGCCUUAGAGAAGAGUUUUCUAGCGAACCAGAAGCCUACCUCAGAGGAGAUCCUGCUGAUCGCAGAGCAGCUGCACAUGGAGAAGGAGGUGAUCCGCGUCUGGUUCUGCAACCGGCGCCAGAAGGAAAAACGCAUCAACCCCUGCAGCGCGGCCCCCAUGCUGCCCAGCCCGGGCAAGCCAGCCAGCUACAGCCCCCAUCUGGUCACGCCCCAAGGGGGCGCCGGGACCCUGCCGUUGUCCCAAGCUUCCAGCAGUCUGAGCACAACAGUUACUACCUUAUCCUCAGCUGUGGGGACCCUCCACCCCAGCCGGACAGCUGGAGGGGGUGGGGCCGGGGGCGGGGCCGCGCCCCCCCUCAAUUCCAUCCCCUCUGUCACUCCCCCACCCCCGGCCACCACCAACAGCACAAAUCCCAGCCCUCAAGGCAGCCACUCGGCUAUCGGCUUGUCGGGCCUGAACCCCAGCACGGGAAGCACAAUGGUGGGGUUGAGCUCCGGGCUGAGUCCAGCCCUCAUGAGCAACAACCCUUUGGCCACUAUCCAAGCCCUGGCCUCUGGUGGAACCCUGCCCCUUACCAGCCUUGACAGCAGCGGGAACCUGGUGCUGGGGGCGGCUGGCGCGGCCCCAGGGAGUCCGGGCCUGGUGACCUCGUCACUCUUCUUGAACCACGCCGGGCUGCCCCUGCUCAGCGCCCCGCCUGGUGUGGGCCUGGUCUCGGCAGCCGCGGCGGCCGUGGCGGCCUCCAUCUCCAGCAAGUCUCCUGGCCUCUCCUCGUCCUCGUCCUCGUCCUCGUCGUCCUCCUCCACUUGCAGUGAGGCGGCAGCACAGACCCCUGGAGGCCCAGGGGGGCCCGAGGUAGGGUCCAAGCCUGAGUGAGGGCCCGCCACGCCUCCCCUCCUCCUCCUCUGACCCCCGCCUCCGUCCCCCACCUGGGAAGAGGGCGAGGAGGCCAUUGGUGGGGAUGCAGAGGGUCCUCAGAGCAGGAGUGACGAGGGAGGAAAGACCAAAAAACAAGAAACAAAAAAACAACCAACCAAAAAGAAAGAAAGAAAGAAAGAAAGAAAGAAAAGAAACCAACAGAAAAAAGAAAACCAAAAAUAAUCACAAAGAAACCAGCUGCCCCAAAGGAACAAGAGGUGAAAAACAAACAUUAAAAAAAAAAAAAAGAAAACCAAAAACAAACAAAAAAUCCCUCACCAAACCGAACAAACCAAAAACCAGUCUCGAGCCAGACCUUAGUGUGCUCACCCUCACUGCUACGACACCAAAUAAGAACCCCAGCCAGGGGCGGAGAAGCCUCGGCAGGGCGGACACGCGGGCCCCUGGCUGCGGGGCGAAGCCUCCCGCUGCGUGUGGCGUGGGCAGAGAAGGAAAAAGAGAAUGUACCAGCCUCCCAGCCGCAGCCCUCAGUCCUGGGCCAGCCAAGGCAGGGAGGGCACAGCCUGGGGCUGAUGGGGUGGGCUCAGAACCACCCGCCAAAUAUUCCUUUCCAGAAGGUGAAAGAGAAAGGGCCUGAACAACUUUACACCAAAUAUUCAGUAGCUUCAUCCAAAGGAUGUACAGAAUUUUUAGCGUUGUGCUCAACAGAAUGUGUCCCUGUCAUGUGUCCCCCCUCUCGCCUGGCCCCCAGCUCUCCCUGCCCGGGCAGGGGGGUCUCGCUUUAACCUCCUCCCUCCCCCAGCCAGGGGAGAGUUCAGGGGAAGGCCUGGGCUGACUUUUCACCCCUUGUACCUCCCCCUUUUUCCCUUUGAAGGGUGGGCUAGGCCGUUUUGCCAAGUUCUAGCUCUCACAUGUCCCCCCUCAACCCUGUCACCCUCCUCUGCUCUGGAAUCUCCCCCCCAUCCCUAGUCCGAGGGAAGGUGGAAGCUUCAGGCAAGAGAGGAUGAGGUGAGGGCUUUCAAGCUGUCUUUUUUUCCAUCCUCGUCUGUCAGUUUCCCUGAAAAAAAAAAAAAUUCAUAUUCCAGUGCCUAUCCGUGGGAUCCUUCACGUUCUUUGACAUUGACCAGAAACCAAAAAGAGAACUCACCUCGCUCUUCCCACCCUGUGCCCCUCCGAUGCUGGCAGAUGCCUCUUCCUCUCCCCUCACACACAUGCACACACGCACGCACCCCAGUGGUGGGGUUCCUCGAGAUGGCGUCCCCAUCAGGGUCCGUGUGGCAGGGACAGUGCCGUGACCUGUGGCCCCCAUCCGAGAGGGCGCUGUGGUGGCCACCACUCCCACAAGACCUCCCUCAAGUCUUGGCUGGACCCUGUGUUUGCCCAGCCCUGGACACAUCUCGACGGACAGAGGAGAGACGCUGCUGGGAGCCACGUUGCCCUCCUGCUGUUGUGGAGGCCAACAAAGUUCUGAACCAAAAAAACAAAAACAAAAAACCAAACAAUAAAUUAAAACUAGAAAAAAAAAGAAUUUAUAGAUAUAUAUAUAUUUAAGGGAAAGAAGACGAGGACUCUUCAAAGGAUACGAAGGAGCCGCGAGGGGGAGCCAAGCCCCUGCACCAGUGGUCCAGGCCCUUGGUCCCCGAGGCGGAUGGAAGGACGGAUGCUUCUUUCUCUUCACAAAUACCUCAUGGACGUCGUCUUCGGGAAAGCCGGACGGGGGCGGCUGGGGCAGGGCCUGUCCCUCAGCCAGGGCGGAUGGAAGCGGGUGGGCAGGGCUGAGAGAGGGUGUCAGGGACAGGGGUGAAGAGCCCCGAGCUCCCCGCCCCCCCAAUCAACUGAAAAAGCUUUAAAAAAAAAACAGGAAAAAAAGGAAUAAGAAAGCAAAAAAGAAUGGACGAAGGAAAACUAACAAACUUUCGGGUGGUUUGAUUCCUCCUUUGAGUUCUUCUUCUGUUCUCUGCAGUCUGUCCUCUUCCCUCUGUCUCCUUUCUCUUGGUCUGUCUCUCCCUCUUCCUUCUCUCCGCUUUCACCUCUCUUAAUCUCCUUCUUUCUGUGUCUCUCCUCAAACCAAAGUGUUGCUGUGAAGGACGCGAGCCAUUGAAAUCAGAGUGGCCCCCGCCCCUCGCCGGGCAGGAGCAGAGGGAGGGGAGAGCCCUGGGAGAUGGGCAGUGCCGCCGGACACUUCCGAGGAGAGGCAGACAGAGCCUCAGACACCACCCCGGGCCCCGAGGCCUCAGCGUUCUCUCUCUUUCUUGCCUCCCUUCUCCCACUCGGGAAAUGAAACUGUUGAGCUGGGACAUGGAGGCAGCAGAGGCUCAGCUGUUUCAGGGGUCUCGGGGUGCCUUGUCUGGGCAGUGGUGGAGUGGCUGCCCCUCCCACCCUGGCACCCAUGGGGCCUGGCCUGCCGUCGACCCAUCCUCGCCAGAAUGUAAGCAUCUCCGCUGAACCGACUCCCUGCCCUUACCCUACCUCUGAGUUUGUCCAUUUUUAUUUCCUGAAGAGAAGGGACUGGCUAGAGGGCCUGGGCCCCAGCCCAAGGGUGGAGAGGGGGCCAAGGGCUCCUGAACAGAUAGGAAGGACAUUUGAGCAGAGCCAAGUGAAAGGAAUUACAACCAAAAACCCCUCUGAGAAGACAGGCAGCAUGGAAGGCAUGGUGGAGAUGACUCAAACAGAAACUAUGAUUCUAGACCAAAAAAAAGGAAAAAAAGAAAAA